UUACGUAAACAUCACCAAAAUCUGAAAAUGAGAUUUGCAGUGACGAUAGUCGAAUCUCUUCAAAAAAUAUAGCAAAAAAACAGUGCGCACGGGGACGGAGGAAGGAAGUGAGGGUUUCACUCAGAGAGGAGAGAGAGAGAUGGUUUGGGCAGUGAAUCAACAGAUUGCAAGAGGGAAGAGAACUCGGAUAUGGGGAGGAGCAUUGCUGUGUUUGCUUUGUCUCAUGUUGGCCACCCCCAAGAUCCCUCGCUCUCCCAAGAACCAUAUCUUCGCUGACAUGCGCAACUUUCUCGGAGUGCCUAACACGUUGAAUGUGAUUACAAAUUUCCCAUUUUUGGUUGUGGGUGUUCUGGGUUUUGUUCUCUCACUCCAAGGAAAUUUUUUUAACAUCAGUCUUCCAGGCGAGGUUUGGGGUUGGGCACUAUUCUAUGCUGGAAUAGCAGGGGUGGCUUUUGGGUCUGCUUAUUAUCAUAUGAAGCCCGAUGACAGUAGAGUGAUGUGGGAUACAUUGCCGAUGAUGAUCGCGUAUUCCUCAGUUUACUCUAGUUUUAUUGUGGAAAGAGUUGGUCUGAGGAUUGGAUUAAGUUCUCAAUGUACCCUUCUUUUAGUUGCUUUUCUUAGCGCCGCUUAUGGGAGAGCAUAUAAUGAUCUUCGGUUGUGCAUGGCGUUCCAGUUGAUUCCGUCAAUAGCCAUCCCGGGCAUGACGUAUGUGUUCCGAUCCCAGUAUACACACGCUAGAUAUUGGCUUUUUGCAGCAGGAGCACAUGUUCUAGCCAAAUUUGAAGGUGUUGCUGACAAGAAAAUAUACUAUGUAAAUCGAUACCUUAUCAGUGGGCACUCCUUGGAGCAUUUAUGUUUAGCAAUGGUUCCUGUUCUGCUCAGUGUGAUGCUAAUGUAUAGAAGCAUGAAAGUUCAAAGAUUAGGUGAUCAUAAAGAGCGUCCAGGAAGAGAGUAGGAACAACCAAUGAAGGCACGCAUGAUGAAUUAGCUAGUGGAUGACUGAUAUUUUACAGAGGAUUUUAGUUUAUUCGAGUGUAGGAUUUAGGAAGUAAUGAUUGACAGCUUUUCUGCUCGGUUCCACUGUAAGUGGAACUCUCUACUUUCCAUUUUACAGUCGCAGCACAUGGAGGGGGAUCUACUGGUGUCAUGAGAAGUUAAGGAGACAUGAAGGUGGUCAGAGAAGAUCCAACUUUCAACGUUUUGCAAGCUUUUCGAGUUUGUUUGCCAUGAUAUGUUGUACUUAUUCUACUUUUGUCUGCCAAUAAUAUUGAAUCCAAUUUUCCAAGCAUCCAAUGCAAUGAUGGGAAUUGCUGGCUAACAGUUUAAUACAUGUUUGGCACACGGGGUGCUUACAUAACAUACACAUGCUUUCACAUGCAUUUUUGUAGUUCUCUUGUACAAUCCCAUUUUGCCCUUGUAUCUACAUAAUUUUCUAAUACCCAGAUCAUGAUAUGUUCUAGUACCCAGAUCAAAAGUUUUAAAAAGAAAACAAAAGCUGCAAUGUGUUUGCAUGUGGCUACAGGAAGAUGC